UCUAUAUACGUGAGCACGUUCAAAGUAACAGCAAAAUAUUAAACAAAAUGUCUCCAUUAAAUUAAAAUUUUGAAGUCAGUGACAGUAAUUCCUGCCGAAAAAGAAGAAUAAAGAAACAUUGCAGUAUAUGACCUUGCGUACGAAGGGGGAGUAGAGUUGUCUGCGCCCGCGUCGAUUUCGUCUCCAUGAAACGGAUAGAAAGGGACUGAGCGAGUACCUCUUCAUGGGAAAUUGCUACCUCGAUGUUUGCUACUGCUAACAGUGGACCCAGAAAUGGCCCGCAUUGGGUCCAGGUCUAGGGUCGCCCCCCACGACGUAGAGACGUUCAUGGAGUACCUGAACACGGUUCAGCUGCAGAAGGAUCAGAACAUCGAUCAGUACAUGAUCCGCAUCAACAGCAUGCAAGUGGUCGAGGGCCUCAUGCGAUACCACGAGAAGAGGCGCAAGAUGGCGAAGCCUGGCCAGCCCACCUACUUCGGGAACGAGAACGGCCAGAACGUGCGCAAGCAGGAGUUCAAGAAGCGCCGCCCCAUCCGCAUUCCCAAGAGGAAGGUGAAGCCGGCCUUCGAACUCGAGGUCCACGUGGUGCAGCCACCCGCUCAGGUGCCCAACGACAACUAAACGUCUCACGCCUUGUAGUAUCUUAAAUACUACUCGUAUAAAUGUUCAGUGUCCCCACAAUCCCCAUGUAUUCUCGUGUCCCUGCAAUGUAACCCCAUCCCUGUUUCCAAUCGAUGUGCGUCCAUGUCCCUGUGUCCAAUUGGUGUCCAUAUAAUCGAUAUAGAAAGUCUCACACCUAUCUAUCUAUUCUAUCCCCGUCAUUCCCAAAACCUGUCGUAUCUCUAUAUCUCUAUUGACCUUGUAAUUUCGUACUAUAUUCGGAACGCGAUCGUGAAAAUAAAACUAAUGUAACUGUAUUUCGGUUGUCUUUUUAUAUCACUAAACUUUGAUAGAAUGACAGACGUCUUACACGUGAACGGUUAUAAAGUUAAAUUAAUUUUUCAAUGACAUUUUAAUAACCUUUUUUUAACAAGUUUUUCACCUGGCAGGGUCACACGGUUUAGCUUAAUAUCUUGUCGAGGCAUUAUCAAACACAGCCCUACCGUUGGUAAUUAAAUUAGUUUUGAUCACCCGACACCUACCAGGUGAAGUUCCAAGCUUGAAAUAUAAUACUAACGGCGGGCAAAUCUUGCAUUGUAUAUAUCAAGAUUCGGUUGGUAUUUUUACAACUUGCAAGUUGCUAACCGUUAGAUUAGAUAUCAGAUCUUAUCAGCGAUGGUAGAUAUGUUAACCGUAUGUGGGUAUAAACGGAUGCAGGUUAACAAAAGCUGUUUUUAUUAUUUCUUACUUGGGGAAGGCUUUCAAAUAUUUAUUAUUGUUUAACAUUUCUUAUUUGUAUUAUAAACUAUUAUAAAAAUGGACUGAGUAUUUAAGGGUAGAUAGGACGUCGUUUUCACGGACGAGUAGGGUAAAAUUUUUCAAAUUGGUAGGUAGGGUGAAAAUAUUUCGAUAUUUUGCCUAUUUGCUAAUGUCUUUCUUUUGGACAAAAAAUAUUGAAUACAGUUUUUACGUUGAUCUGAUGUGAUUGUGGUGGAGCUCUGACAUAAGAAGCUGUCGUUUAGAUAUGAAACUAAAUUGUUGUUGGAUUGAAAGAAAUGUUUGAUGCUGGUGUCAUCUGUUGUACCAAAAGUGGUUCUUUAGAGUUUGGCUUGCCCCAUAACAUCAUAAAUAUCAAGGCAGUGACAGUUGCCGCGAAUGUGUCGCCCGUGUGAGUGGAAUGUUAGUUAACACCCUGAAGUUAAACAAUUGGAAAUGUUUAAACGGUUGUAUCAUCAUCAUCCGUUGGAACUGUUCUAAAACUUGACUUACCUAUUUAGACAGUGUCAAUGACAAUGUCAAACAAAUACCGGAUUUGACUUAAUCGGAAUGUCACAUGAUGUACAAAUUAUGAAAGAGAUUGAAUGAAGCGUCAAAUCUUGUCUGGAGAAGGGACGUGUGAAACAAAAAGAUCGGUUUUGUCUGGGACAAGAUGGUUGAACAACCUGGGAUGCUCAGUUGGUAACGAAAUGACGCGACGCUUCGGCGAAGCGUGUGUGGGGUUAGUAACGUAGGAAUAGUGACGAGCGUGGUGCAACAUGUCCUAAGAUGGUUAAGGCAAGCAGUGAGGUUGGCCCUUGGGGUUAGAUUGAAUGACAUGUUGCAAUGACAAGAUCUACGCUUUGAUAUGGUGGGCGAAUGAAAAGCCAUGGGCGUUCCGAUAUGGACCAGUGCGGGUUUCAACCGCACGCUUACGAGUGAAUGAGUAGCCAAGCUUAAAGUUAGCCGAAAGGCUUUGGGUGAUUGUUUCGAUCGCGGUUGAUAGGGACUUGGCUAGUUGUGUUACUGGAUAGGAAUUAUUGUUUUGGAAUGCAAACAGACAGCUUGUCUGUUUGUCGUUUGGACAACACCAUGGCAGAUUUUUGCAGCUGUAAGAAGAUAGUCAGGGUUCAUCUUAACGCACGGCUUCAGAGAGGUAGUUACAUUUCUGUUGCCAACUUAUCAGCACAAAAAUGUUUGAAUCUCUUUGCAUCUCGUACUAGCUUAUUACAAGCACUGGUUUGAAAUGGUUUGGGUUUUGAGCUGCAUAUUGUUUGUGACGCAGCUUUGGAGCUACUGAUUUUGACAGCGCUAUAGCUUGUAUUGACAGGCUUACCGCUAGAAUGAGGACCGCUGUGAUUGCGAACAAAUCAAAAACAUUUAAUUAUACACAGCGACUUAUUUGCUAAAAGGCUAGAAGGGGGUUGGGGGUAGGACAGGCUCGUGACUUGUCCAUUGUUAGUGAGCUAGCCGAUUUUGGGAUAUAUUUUUAUUAUUAUGGAGUUACAAUUACUUUAUUUCUCUUGAUUUUGAGAAGAUGGGUGGAAAGCCAUUGCUAAGACGCAAUUGGCUCAAGGGCUAUGUUUCCACUUAAACAUUCUGAGAAGAAAGAACUUUUGGAAAACGGGGUUUGAAAAUUUGUAUUUUGAAAGGGGUUUAAAACAGUAGUGAACGCGUGCUUAGCCGCGGAUAAAUAACUAAGACAGAAAUGUUAACAACAAUGAUUAUUUCUUGAUUGAGCAUGGUGUAGCGUAGGGUAUAAAGAUAUGAGGUUUGAAAUCACCUAGUGCUGAUUGGAUCGGUUUGGGUAACGGCGUAGAGUAGCUGUGCUUCUGUGUGAAGUUCGGUAGAAGCGUUUGAAGUAACAAGAGCGUAUUUUGAUUGCAUCAUCAGGCGUAGACUGGGCGAGAGGGGUGUAAAGAAAAGAGUACAGAGACUUGGUCUUUGUACACGUUGGUUGAAGGGCAUGGCAGUAGGUGUGUCGGAUCUCAUAUUGACUAUAUCAACCGGACCGGGCCGGACCGGUGAUACAGUUAAUCUGCUGGAUCUGUGGCAAUUAAAUGAAACGAAAAACAGGCUUGAAAUCGGAGAGUAGGGAAUUCUAGUGGGUGUGUUGGGACUUAUUGAUUAUAUCCAACGUAGGGCAACUGGUGAUCAGAUAAUCUAGAUGGAACUUGCUGGGUCUGUGAAAAUUGGAUGAACAGAAAAACAGGGUCGAAAUGGGAGAGUAGGGUGUCCUAGUGCGUUCGUAUGCGUAUGCGAAGGGCAUGGCAGUAGGUGUGUCGGAUCUCAUAUUGACUAUAUCAACCGGACCGGGCCGGACCGGUGAUAUAGUUAAUCUGCUGGAUCUGUGGCAAUUAAAUGAAACGAAAAACGGGAUCGACAUGGGAGAGUAGGGAGUUCUAGUGGGGUUUGUCGGAUCUCAUAUUGACUAUAUCAACCGGGCCGGGCCGGACCGGUGAUAUAGUUAAUCUGCUGGAUCGGUGGCAAUUAAAUGAAACGAAAAACGGGGCCGACAUGUGAGAGUAGGGAGUUCUAGUGGGGUGUGUUGGGACUUAAUGAUUAUAUCCAACGUAGGGCAACUGGUGAUCAGAUAAUCUAGAUGGAACUUGCUGGGUCUGUGAAAAUUGGAUGAACAGAAAAACAGGGUCGAAAUGGGAGAGUAGGGUGUCCUAGUGCGUUCGUAUGCGUAUGCGAAGGGCAUGGCAGUAGGUGUGUCGGAUCUCAUAUUGACUAUAUCAACCGGGCCGGGCCGGACCGGUGAUAUAGUUAAUCUGCUGGAUCGGUGGCAAUUAAAUGAAACGAAAAGCGGGUUCAAAAUGGGAGAGUAGGGAGUUCUAGUGGGGUGUGUCGGGACUUAUUGACUACAUCCAACGUAGGGCAACUGGUGAUCAGAUAAACUAGAUGGAACUUGCUGGGUCUGUAGCAAUUGGAUGAAACGAAAAACGGGGUCGAAAUGGGAGAGCAGGGAGUUCUAUUGAGGGUAUGUUGGGAACUGGUUACCGAUGAGCUGGUGUGAUCUGGCUGUGUCUGUGGAAAUUGGAUGAACAGAAAAACAGGGUCGAAAAGGGCAGUAGGGAGUUUUAAUGCAUUAGGGGUUGAGAAGGGAGAGUAGAGAGUUUUAAUGCGUUAAGGGUUGAGCUCCCUUCUCGAGGGUCUGUGGAAAUUGGAUGAACAGAAAAACGGGGUCGAAAAUGGGCAGUAGGGAGUUUUAAUGCAUUAGGGGUUGAGAAGGGAGAGUAGGGAGUUUGUCAAAGCUGUUGCGAUAUCAUCAAGCAACGAAUUUAUUAGCUGAAUGUGAUUUGAUUUGGCAAAGACCUGAGGAAAUCUGAUGGAUGCUAAAGAGGCGAUACUUUCGUGUGAAUUUGUGUUUGUCCGUCCUAACCAUCCAGUAAAGCAGUACCGUGUCAGGGCAGAACUUAUACUGAACCACUUUUGUCAUUGUUCUUAAAACGGAUCAUUUAAUGUACGAGUAUGUUAAAGCUUGGAAUCGUUAUGGUUUGUUUAAGAGUUGAUACCAUCUCAUUGUUAUGGAAAUAAAGAUGGAUGUUGAUUGUCGUUUUAAAGAUAUGAUCUUGGAGUGCACUUCGAACAUUUAUGAAAGAAAUUUAAUCAUUGGUAAAGCGGCUCCUAUAAGGUUAAAUCUGCUUUAGCAUGUCUAGGUCUCUUUCAAAUAUGUUUGCAAACUUAAUAAUUUGAAUACGGCAUAGUUUGUUGAAGAGUGUUGUAAUUCAGAUUAAAUCUAAUCGCAGGAGUUAGACGACUGAGCCUUUCAGGCUAUGAGAGAGAUGUAUUGG